UCCAUACCAAAUGACCGAUGGUUUUAAGUUUUUGCUGAUUCCUUUAGUCAGGGUUAGGGUCACUUUUGCCAGUUUAAAGUCAACCCAAAGAUAACACGGCUCUCUUCUGCCCCCAGGAGCUUCCACAAGCACAUUAUUUCCCUGAACAGAACGCUCCGACCUUUCAAAACACACCAACAGACCCGGCUCUCCCCCACCUCCAAGCUGAUUGGCUAGUGACUUUCCCAUGCUGUGGCAGCAGUAGGGAGAGAGAGCGCGGUGCCAUAUCACGAAGGACAGAGCGGAACAGAGCGAGAGAAGGAAAUAAAGCAAACACCUUCACGCUGAAGGACAAUAAAGGAGGAAGGAAAAAAACCUGCCCGCACCAUACUCUGCCUGUCUGAGAUUGUUGUUGUUGAGCAGGGGGAAGGAUCUCCACCAUGCUGCUGCUGACGCUGCGCUCAGCUCCGUUUUAAGGAUGCCCAGUUCCACCUGAGGUUCAUUUGAAAGGAUCCGUAGCCUACAGACGUUCCACAGUCCAGGGCGCUCCGGGAAUGCAGAACCUGCGACACGCUGCCACGGAGGCGUUCCAUCGCCUGGGUCUGAAACAGAGACAACUGGGAUAUGUGGAGCUGAGUGACCAGUCAGACUCGUCCUCCUCCAGGCCGCAGCCCCAUUGGUUCCACACGCUGCAGGUGCGCCGGCUGCGCGUCCAGAGGGGGCGGAGCAACAGCGACCCCCUGGGGCGGAGCAACAGCGAACCCCUGGGGGGGAAGAGCGUUGAGCAGGAGUUCCAAUGGAAGACAGGCCUGCAGUUUGGCACGGCCAACUCCUACCUGAACCUGGAGAAACUGGGAGAGGGGGCCUACGCCACAGUCUACAAGGGAAUCAGCCGGAUAAACGGCCACCUAGUGGCAUUAAAGGUGAUCCGCAUGAAGACAGAAGAGGGAGUGCCCUUCACAGCUAUCAGAGAAGCUUCCCUGCUGAAAGGGCUGAAGCACGCCAACAUUGUCCUCCUCCACGACAUCAUCCACACCCGAGAGUCCCUCACCUUCGUGUUUGAAUACGUGCAAACAGACCUGGCCCAGUACAUGACACAACAUCCUGGAGGACUUCACUCCUACAAUGUCAGGAUCUUCAUGUUCCAGUUGCUGAGGGGUCUCUCCUACAUCCAUAGCCGCAGAAUCCUCCACAGAGACCUGAAGCCCCAGAACCUGCUCAUCAGCUACCUGGGGGAACUCAAACUGGCUGACUUUGGGCUGGCCCGGUCCAAGUCCAUCCCCUGCCAGACCUACUCAUCAGAGGUGGUGACUCUGUGGUACCGGCCCCCUGAUGUUCUCCUCGGUUCUACGGACUACUCCACUGCUCUGGACAUCUGGGGAGCUGGGUGUGUCUUCAUCGAGAUGCUUCAGGGAAGUCCAGCUUUCCCAGGGGUGGCAGAUGUCUUCGAACAGCUGCAGAAGAUUUGGACCGUUCUGGGGUUGCCCAACGAGGUCUGCUGGCCUGGGGUCAGCGAGCUGCCCAACUUCAAACCAGAAUGGUUUCUUCCGUGUGAGCCACAGCAGUUCAGAAAUGUCUGGAAAAGGCUGUCUCAGCUGCCCUACAAGACGGAGGACCUGGCCCAGCGCAUGCUCAUGCUCCUACCACGAGACCGCACCAUGGCCCAGGAUGCAUUGCAGCACCCUUACUUCAACACCCUUCCGCCUCCCAUCAUGCAACUCAGGGACACUGUAUCGAUCUUCAAGGUCCCAGGAGUGAGGCUGGAAACAGAGGUGAGGGACAUCUUCAGUCCCAGUCGAAGGCUCAUGCCCUCCUUGGUGCCCCUGGCCAAGUGCUGGUGAUGCCCUCCCAGAGCCAGCUACCUAGCCACCCCCCCUGGCUUCCCGCCCUGGCCUCCCACCCCAGGCUUGGCACCAGCGAGGGUCCUCUCACACACCGCGACACCUCCAGCAACCACCACCCCAGCCCUGCUUCAGAGGGUGUGUGAAGAGGACGCCAAACCGACAGGUGUCAGUGUUCCCUGACAGCCUGUCAGAUCACGGCUGCUCAUGUUCAGGCAGUCCCAGGCCUACGGGUCUGUGAGGGGUUGAACAUCCAAACUCCCCGUCUAUCAAUUGUUAAAACUGUUAUCUCCGAACUUUCCAAGGUCACCAUCUACUCCCUCCCUCCCUCUUUACACUCACUAGUCUCAGUCAGGUACGCUUUCUCAUCCUCCUCUUCUUCCUCCUCCUCUUCUUCCUCCUCCUCUCUCUCUCCAUUCCCUCCUGCUCUGUGGCCUUCCUCUGUAAUAUAAACUUCACGUCUGUUAAAUAUUUUAUUUCAACAUACAUGUACAGUACAGUAUGCUUACCAUAUAAGUGAAUGUGGUCUGAAUCAGGAUUGUAGGAUAAUUGUUUUGCACAGUGUGUAGGUCUUCCUCUGCCUAGGUGACCGUUGUGUGAACACUGGGGUCUCAUCUUCUCUGAGACAGUUUGUCUUGUCCCAGGAGGCUCUCUCAGUAACUUCCUGAGAACAACAAACUCUUGGUGUGUCGUGAGCGAUGCCCAGACUUAAGCUUGCACCUCUGGGAGUAGAAAGAAAACCGUCUCGAACACACAUGUUGGAAGGGGGAGCAUGUUAGGUGGGACACACUGCAGGAAGCUGUCAGGUCCCAGCCUUCCUGGUGUUCACUUUGAGGAAACCCCUUGAUGUGACUUGACAUUUUUCUUUUGUUGUUCACCAGUCAGAUGUGUGUACAGUUUGCCCCUCAGUUCUCUCUGUCCCCAUGUGUUUUAGAUGUGUGCGUGUGUGAGUACGAAUAAAUUCAUGUUGCCGUAA